AAAUGUACACAUGAUAAUACAGGUUUCUCACACAAUCAUUUCGAUUUUCAUUUAACGUGGAAACGUAGUGGUAGAAACUUGAAACUAUCUCUCAGUACUACCCAGUUUCGUUGUUAUUUAGCAAUGGCUGAAAAGAUUGAAAUAGAGAAAGCCUCUAGCUCUUCACAGGACCUGAUAUGUCCGCUAUGUCUUGAUAUUUUUGAAGAACCAACACUUCUGACGUGCGGACACACUUUCUGCAGGAAGUGUCUUAAAACAUACGACCUGUCCCACCAGGACGUUGAUCACAUGGUCUGCCCUCUUUGCAGAGAGAUUACCGAGUUCUCCACCAACCGUGUCGACGAUCUCCGCCUCAGUGUCUCCAUCAACGGAUGCGUAGACGAUUACAACGCCAAGUUUGGAGGGAUGAACGCUCUCUUUGACCAUGUUGACGAUGUUGAGAUGCGUCCAAAAUGCACCGGUUGCAAGCUUUUGCAAGAUGCUGUCUCAUUCUGCCGAAUGUGCAAUAACUACAUAUGUGAUAAAUGCUUGCAAUGUCAUCAAUAUCUAACAAUCUUCGAAGGUCACGAGAUUGUCUCCAUGGAGGAUGUCAUCGAAGGGAAGGCCAGCAUUGGUCAUCAAUUUGAGAAAUGCUCCAUCCACCGUCAAGAGAACAAAGAUAUGUUUUGUAAAGGUUGUAAGGUCCGUGUCUGUCUUCUUUGCGUGGUCGCUGGUCAUAAGGUUCAUGAAAUUAAGAACCUGGCCGACUUCGAGCAGGAGUUGAGGCGAAAGGUAACGGGCUAUACCAAAAAAUGUGCAGAUAAGAAAGCUGAGCUGGAAAAGAACAUUCAGAAUAUAGAAGAACAACGUCAUGAGGUACACACUGCCAUGCAGAAACUACUAGAUGAUGUCAGGCAGGUUUACAGCAUCAAGGUCAAAGCGCUGGAAGCGGGGCUAGAAGAAGAGCUUCAGAGUCUCACUGAAGAAAUAAAUGCAUUAAAGCAGAGUUUCGAUGAUGAUCUUAACAUCUUAAAAUCCAAGGAUCGGCAGAGGAUCAAGAGUAUUUGUAGUUCGCUUGCACUGAUAGAUAAAAACAAACUGGGUAAUCUUGAGACAGAUAGUCUGUCUGCUCAUAUCUUGCUCUGUGAUGAGCUAAACGCCAUGCUGAAAGAGGAUACUGAUUGCACUUCUGCGGUAGCUAUCACAAAGAAAGCACAGGAGAAGAGGUUCAAGCCCGCAAAUACACCUUCUCUUGACCUCGGGUGCAUCUCAGGAUCAAAUCCCAAGCUGAAAAUUAUCAAGGAUGUGGAUCUACGGGGAGGGAUGUGCGGAAUGACCCGGCACUCUCACCAGAGUGUGGCUGUCGGAUAUGGGGAUAAUGCACAAGGUAUUGAUAUCAUUGAUUCAGCUGGUGGAAAACAGCCGUAUAGAAACAUACCGAAUGAUAUGAAGUGUUGGGAUCUAUUCUUUAAUCAAAAUAGGCAGUUAUACGUAUCAGUUGGGAGGGAAGAAGUACACGUGUAUUCCCCCCAUGGCUCCAAGCAAGCAGCAAUCCACGUGAGAAACAUGAUUUGUAAUCUCAAAUUAAACAGAAGUCGCUCAAAUGAGGUCCUCGUUGCUAAUGGUGCACACCAAGUCUCCAUCUACGACCCAACGGGAUCCACUCUCAAGGACAAUGUUCCAACAAAGCACAAGACAUGGCAGGUAUCAUCCACCAGGUCGGGUUUGAUCGUCACCAGUUCAUGUAAUCUCACCAAUCCCAGCGUGGUGACGGUCUAUGACAGGGAUGGGAAUGCUGGUGAGUCUCUGCAAGCUCCGGAGGAUGUCUACCUGUAUGCUGCCGUGGAUGAGCAGGACAGGGUGUAUGUAGCGAGUGUUGAUCACGAGAACUAUGACGUUGUGAUCAGGCUCUAUGAUCUUGAUGGGCUGAACCUGAAAGAAAGGGUUAAGUUCAAAGCACUUGAUAUCAUAUGUGACUAUCCUUGGUGCUACUUGGUUUCCCUCUCUCCGGACCUACUCGCCUUUGCUUGUUCGGAGGAGUUAUAUUUCAUCAACAUAUCGCAGUUUUGAAGAGUGGACCUAUCAUAAAUUUUGUAAACACCUUACGUGGUUAGUGUUUAGUACAAAAAUAAGGUCUGAGUUAUAUGAACACAGAUCUGAUUUCCAAUUUCUGCUGAUUAUCAUGAAAACCUCAACUU